ACAUGGCGGGUAAAACAUAAGAAGUUCUGUAGCGGUGUUUUUCUAUAUUUUUCAAGGUCUGCGUAUCCUCAUUCUUACUAAAACAUGUUUAAAUUUAAUCCUCUAAGAUGUUUGAACUUUACUGGUUCAAGAUUAGGAGAUUUAAGGCUUUCUUCUCGUCGCAUUUCUAUAUGUUUUACUGGAAUCAGUCUUACACGUGCUGAAGGACGACUCAAAACUCUCAAUAACACAAAUCAGCCAACUUUUAUUCCCAAAAAGAGUUUACAAACUCUGUACGUGAAGGGACAUGGAUCAAAAAUUAAGAAAAGAGACUGCUUUGAUAUCUUGAGUUCUUCAAAACACUUUCCUAAAGAAACGAAUUCAAUACACCAAGUCAAAAAGUUGAGGUAUUUUUCUUUGACUUCAAAAGAUGUACUUCCAGACGAGUCAACACAGGAAAAGGAAAAAUAUGAUUUUGAGGAUGAGAAUAUCGUAUAUAAAGACUCCAAAAAGUCAAAAAGAAUGUUUGGUCGUCAUGAGUAUGAGUUUGAUACGAAUGGAUAUUUAUCAGUAGAUGAUGUGGUGAAGUUUCUUCGUCAAGAAGCAGCUUUUGAUAUAUGUGUUAUAGAGUCUUCAGGAGCUAAAAGAGCAUAUGUGGAUUAUUUCAUAGUGGUCAGUGGUGUGUCUAAUAGACACAUAAGGGCAAUGUCUAAAAACCUUGAGCAACUGUUCAGAGGACGUAACGUCAGAGGUAUAUCCAAAAAUGGUCAUGUUACUGUGGAAGGUAUUGAGGGUGACAGCAAUUGGCUGGCUGUGGAUAUAGGAAAUAUGGCUGUACACUUCUUUUUGCCUGAGGUUCGUCAACUCUAUGAACUUGAGAAGCUGUGGACUUUGGGUCCAAAAUAUGAUGACCAAUACAAAGUAAUGCUUGAAGAAGAAGAAUUUCUGGAGGCUGUGUUUCUUGGUGAACAAACAAAAAGCCCAGACCAGGAGGACUAAAUUUAGUAGAUGACUUUGGAGGGUAAUUAAUAUUGUUUUCACUUUCUAAUUGUACAGCUUAUAAAGUCUUUCAGUUUUGGUAUUAUGUAUUCUCAUUUCCAAUCAAAAGUCGCUCUUUUGACAAAAUAAUAAUAUCCAUAUUAAUGUAUUUUGUCAAACAUAACUAAAUAAAAAAACAAUACUCAAGGGAAUGACAGGUGGUUUAAAACUGAAAGCAUUAUGUCCAAGCUGAAUGUGUCUGUUGAGACAUCAAAUUCGUAUUUUGGUAAGUCCAACUUUUCAAGUCUCAACUUUAAACAAAACAAUAGUGCUGAAGAGAAUGAAGAACAUGGAAAAAGAAAAGGUCAAUGACAA